AUGGCUGCAGUUCACGGUCCGCUCGUACCAGCUCAUCCUUCCCCAUUUCGGAAUACCCAGAGCGUUCCCCAUUCUCGUAUGGGAUACCAUCCAGCUCCCUCUGCGCCACCCAAACCUCAAUCCACUCAGCCCUCAACUCGGCAUUCUGACCCGUUUUAUGGACACGAGCAGGCUUCUCGUAUGUGCGCACGGUUUAUCACCCAUCUAUUCGCUUGUCCCGAAUACCCCCCAUCCUCUUCCAACUCCCAAGUCAAGUUACCCCACUUCAUCGCUUACGCCUUGCACCGCACUAAACUCCACUCCUCCGUCACCUUCGCCGCUCUUGUGCUCCUUCAGCGCUUGAAGGCGCGCUUUCCCACUGCUCGGGGAUCUUCCGGACAUCGGUUAUUCGUAUCCGCAUUCAUGCUCGCCUCCAAGGUGAUCUGUGACGAUACCUACUCGAACAAGUCCUGGAGUAUUGUCGCCCAGGGUAUGUUUCAAUUACGGGAGAUUAAUCAGAUGGAGCGAGAGAUGUGUCAAUAUCUUGAAUGGGAGCUUAAUGUGGAUCCGGUCACGCUGAGGGAGUUUGAGGAGAUGGUCAAGAAGGAUUUUGUAGGACCCGGUCCUUACCCCACUUAUAUUCUCCCCUCUACCUCCAAGACAACGCCGCCCCCCACCACCAAUCCUUUUCCGCCUCCUCCUACAGGCUCAACCCCUACGCCCUCUUAUUCCACUUCAACAUCUCCGGCCUCAACUGCGUCGCCACCAACGCCACCCGCUAUGGAGGAUUGUACCGCUCGCAUCGUCUCCGCAUCUUCGUCGCCAGGCAUUCCGAAACACGAACCCGUGCCUGUACCACCGCCAUCAAAACACAAGAUGUUCGCGUUCGCAUCGCCGGCUGUUUGGUAG